UUGCAUUCCCCCUUGGCGUACCAUGGAUGCAGACGUCUUUUCUGAUGGGCAAGAUCCGCUUCGCCAAAUCCAAACCCAAUUGAAAAAACUUAAUGGUUUGGACACUUUCGGGAGUUUGGCCGAUCUUCAAAAACAGAUGAACGAAGUUCAGACAGGGCUAUGUGCAGUCCAAAACAGUUUAUCUUUUCAAAGCAGCGUGCUUACCGAAAUGCGUUCUUGCAUGACGAUAGACACAAGAGAUAGAAGAGGAAAAACGCACAAGGCUGGAGAUUUUGCAGUCCCUCAAGGGCCUUCUGAAAGGACGGAGGUAGCAGCUAUAGACAUGGAUGGCCUGGCUGCGCCGAGCGAUGAACCUCCUGUCUUGUCUGUAAUUCCUGUUCCCGGUGAGAUUUGCACUCCCCGAAGGAUGUCGGAAGACAAGAGUUCAGGCGCAGUUACAGUCAACAAGAAGUCCUCCACGGUCAGAUCGGUUCAAUCAGAGCAAGACAAACCCAAAUGUCUUACGCUGCAUUCUGGGCAGCGAGGACUUCCAAAACGGCAUGUUUUCACCAUGGAAGAGGUCGAAGCUCAGACGCACACUGCGCUGCUGGCACGCUCCCAGCCAGAGCUAGACAUCUCUGGCAGUUUUACGCAGAAACAAGGCGCUGCAUCUUCAGUAUCCAUUGUGGACCCUGUAGCAGAGGAAAGUGCUUCAUUAUCUUCGGAGUCGCGAAACAGCGACAAUGAAGCGGAAGUGGUGCUGGGUUCCAACGAACAGUUGGAUCCCAACAAAAGUUCGCAACAGAUUCUGAGGAGCAGUCUCUCUCGCUAUCCUCCGGAAGGCGGCAAAAAGGUGCUACAGAUGUGCCGCCGCAUGUCUCUGGACGAUUUGAGAUUGAACCAUGAUGCGGUCAUAGCAACGACACAAAGGACCGAAACCAACACCCGGGGUGCUUUGACCGGGGAAAGCCUCAUCUCCUCUUCCAGUUCUUUCUGCAGAUGUGCCAAACUAUGGCUGGCAGUGGUCGGGAUUAUGAACUUUCCGGAUUUGAGACCCGGUUGUGCGCUGUUCUGUAUGUCAGUGGUGUUACUUGUCCUGGUUGGAGCAUUGGUGAGCCUCACCAGCAUGGGCCUCUCAGAUCCGUACAUCUCCGCAACGACUUUGUGCUACUUAGUGGGCGUCCUGGCUGCUGCAUGGCGCUUACGCUGGUCAGGUGUCGAGGACUUGUUGGUUCGUGCAGAUGGAUUGGAGGACUAUGCGAAAAAAUCAGGUUUCCUUGAGGAGUGGCGAAGAACCUCCCAAAGGCGACUGAAGGAGGUUAUGGGCUUCUUAGUGGUCAUGCUCUGCUGUCGAUGGCUUGCGGAUGCGUCGAAUCGACUCUGGGACCUGCAGACUCGGGAGAGACCCGAAAUCGCAGCCUGCUUUUCUGUAUCUGCGAUCAUAUUCUCAGCCAUCAUGUACAUCCAGCUGCACAUUGUAGCAGGAUUGGAGCAUGCCAUUGACAGUUUUUCCAUCAAUUUCUACUCAGAUAUGGACAUUGAGGUGGCCUUGGGAGAAUGGAAUAUGGUGCAAGCAACCUUGAGACAGGUCUCAACAAAACUCAGCGCAACGAUGCUUCUGCUUGGCUCUUCGUGUGGGGCUUCACUGCUGUUGCUCGUGCAAUUGACGGUUCUGCAUGAUGAUUCUCAGCCAGGUUUGAAGUCAGGGUUGCCGUUCCUUUGCUUCACCUCUUGGCUGUUUCCACCUGUGCUUCUUUUCCUAUACUCCAUGAUGCGAGCAGCCGGUGUGACAGAGAAGGCCAGCAGGGUCGCACCCUUAGUGAACUCCUGGAACUUUGAGCAUGACGAGGAUGACAACGUACCGUCCUGGAUGGAUCUUGGACGUCAGUACAUCGUGCAGUACAUGAUUCAGAGUGAAGCCGGCUUCUACCUGCAGGGAAUGAGACUGCACGCCUUUCAGGUCACGAAGCUCAGCUACUACUUUGCAGCUUUCAUCUUUGCCUUGUUCUCUCGGUCAUGGGCCUGAUGCGAUUUGAUAUGCGGAUCUCACUUUCCCAGACCAUUGCCAUCAUUGUGACCAUUUUGACCAUUGUGCUUCGGCAUGUGUGCAGCAUCCAAAGGAAAGCUGAGUCAGUGGCUGCUUUUUUAAAGUUGAUGAAUAAGCCAAGGGCCACUGCGAUCACUGACCGACAGCUAUGACAACCUGUGUACAGAAGCUAAAUAACUUUUUGGUAGGUUGAUUCCAUUUGGGACUUUUGUGGAAUCUGGGACGGCCUUCC